GACCCACGGCCUCUUCACGCGAGGCGAUGUGGUAGCCAUCGGAGCGUCGGGCGGGAAGGACUCCACGGUGCUGGCCUACCUCAUGAAGACCCUCAACGAGCGCCACGACUACGGGCUGGACCUUUUCUUGCUCUCCAUCGACGAGGGGAUCACUGGCUACCGAGACGACUCCCUCGAGACCGUCCGGAGAAACGAGCGUCAGUACGGGAUCCCUCUGAAGAUUCUCUCCUACCAGGACCUCUACGGCUGGACCAUGGACCGCAUCGUGGCGACCAUCGGCCGCCGGAACAACUGCACGUUCUGCGGGGUGUUUCGUCGACAGCUCUGGAUCGUGGAGCGGCCAUGCUGGGAGUUGACAAGAUCGUGACGGGACACAACGCCGACGACAUUGCCGAGACGGUCCUCAUGAAUAUCCUGCGUGGAGACGUGGCUCGUCUGAGGCGCUGCACGGCCAUCACCACCAGUAGCGAGGGAGCCAUCCCUCGCUCCAAGCCCUUCAAAUACACCUACGAGAAGGAAAUUGUAAUGUACGCCUACUUCAAGAAGCUCGACUACUUCUCCACUGAGUGUGUCUACUCUCCCAACGCCUACCGUGGCCAUGCAGGACCUACCUCAAAGACCCUGGAGAGAAUAAGACCCAGCACCAUCAUUGACAUUAUUCACUCGGGAGACCAGUCUCGCCGUGAAGGGGGAUGUAAGAUGCCGGUUCAGGGGACGUGUUCUCGCUGUGGCUACAUCUCCAGUCAGAUCCUAUGCAAGGCUUGUGUUCUCCGUGGAGGGGCUCAAUAG